AUGGUCGCCACCGCUUCGGGCCACAACUCAGCAACUGCCCUGACACGCCGCGCCCCACCUCCCAAGACUGCUGCCUCGUCUUCGCUCGUACUCGGAUCUACCAUUGGGACGCCCCCUACUUCCGUCGGUGCACCAGCAACUGCACCAGUCCCACCCUCUAUUCUGAAGGCUAUCGACUUCACACCGCUCAAGGCCAUUCGGGAGCUGCUGGUGGACACCAACACAACCUUCCUCGCGGCCUACGAGGCUCUCGUCGGGCCACCCUCGGACGACAGGCUUUGCUGUUCGGUCCGUCCUGGCCAUGCUCCCGUGACUGAGUCACUCGCCACGACUCACAUGUCCGAGUGUGUCAAAUCACGCCUCAAGGCGUCGUACAACAUGACAUCAGAGUACUCAAGCCACUCCACAACCCUCGUGGGCAACCCAGUCAACCCUCACAACGGCGCAGCUCUUUUUGGCAAAACAAAAGGAGUACCAAAUCCUGUUCCGGCCAACAUUAAGAGCCCGAACUGGGUAUUGUCAAAGAAGAUCACCAACUCGCUGUCCAACGCGAGGGGCGAAGAACGAUACUGCAGGUGGUGCCCAGCUCCGAUGGCACUGGCACUGCGGUUCAUUCCGUCUGCUGGGCGCGACAAGGCCAGCGCCGAUGACAGGGCCAAGGGCCCAUGGUCCAUGGAAUCAUCGGACUUGUUUGGCUUUUUCGACCCCGUUUACUGCGUUGCCUACGGUGACUGGGCAGUAUCGCCAAGCUUGCUCCACGAACGUGCCCAAGCAAUAAUGUCACAAAUCAACGCCAACACCGGCCCCUUUGCCCUCCGCGACGACAUGGACUGGGCUGGAGUCGACGAUGCCGCCAUCGCUAAAUUUGGCAAACUUAGCGGGCCACACCAAGAUCCAAGGUUCAAGCAGAUUGGUGGGCCCUUCGGCAGCACAGUCAAAGGUUUCUUCUGCAUGAUGUGCAUCGCGAAUCCAGACCUCCCUCUUGUCGAAGCCCUCAACCCCCAGGUCCACGCAGAUCGUCCUGCUUUUGUGCACGCUGUGGUAUGUGCCCGGGUGGUCAUGCGUGACCUCAAGCGCGCUAUGGAUGCCAACACGCACCAUUUCCUCCUCAACGACGCUGGCUCGAUCAUGUGUGCUGCCCCGGGAUGCCCCGAGCUGUUUGACAGCCGUUCCCAGCUCCUCAACCACCACACUGCUCGUCAUGGACAGCAUUACAAGGCUCGGCCAUCAACAACGAAAGGGCGGUCCGCUGCAAUUACGAUCAUGUGGGAGGACGAUGUGGAAGUCGACAAGUGGGCCGAGGGCCACGACAGCACACUGGCACCCGCCAAAGGGAAAAAGCGCACUGAGCUUGCUGCCAGUUCGGUCACGCCAGCUGCCCAGAACAAAAAGGGCAAGGGAAAGAGCAAGGAAGUCGACACUGUCGCCGGCCGCCGAGCGCAAUGA